AUGACUCGAUUAUUUAUAGGUUGCGAUAACUAUAAGAUACCAUUAAACUUUGAGUGGUUGUCGAGAGUUAGCUGUGAGGACAAUAAACGGUACAAAUGUCCCGAAGGAUACCAGGAUGAAGUUCGAACCAUUUGUACAAAUGGAAACUGGUUUUUAAAACCAACCUGUACAGAUAUAGAUGAAUGUGCAACCAAUAAUGGAUUGUGUGAAGAUAAGUGUCAAAAUCAACCUGGCAGUUAUAACUGUUCGUGUCCAGUAGGAUCUGAAUUACAGGAAAAUGGUCUAUGUUGCGGACCUCCACCAGGUACAGUAGCUACUGUGUCUUUCUUUCUAGAAUUUUACCGAUGUACCCUGCAAGUUCAAAAGGAAGAAACACAACUGGGCUAUUCAGUAAAUAUUAAGACGAUGCAUACAGGCGCUGAAAAUAAACUAGAGUGUGAGGAAAAAUAUAACAACACCAUAAACUGUACAGCUUGGUCGGUAAUCAAUCGAGUAUGUCGACUGUUUGGUUCUCCAGUUAUUCUUUUGGAAAAAAAUCCAGAUAUGACACUUGAGAAGUGCAAAGAAUUUUGUGUUCAGAAGAAAAAAUAUGCAUCUGCCGAAUGGUAUAUUUAUUAUGCCCGAUGUGCCCUGUUUGACUCGAAACAAACGGAAUUUCAUGAUUAUGGAGGUGAUGAUGAAGCAAAAACGCUCGUUUUCACCAAGGUUGAUGUGAACUGUGUUUAA